AUGAUGGGCAAUUCGGAGGUAACUCUCACAUUCAAGACAAUUACAAAGAAGCAAUUUCAGUUGCAAUUGAUGAGUAAUGAUACUGUUCACACUGUUAGAACACGAGUUGCUGAACAUCUUCAAUAUCAAUUGGAAACAGUAAAGCUUGUCUAUCAAGGAAAGGAAUUAACUGAUGAUACGAGUGUUAUUUCCGAUUUGAAUAUUAAUCCGAGUCUGGCAAUAGUAGUAGUUGGAAAGAAGUUGCCAGCAACCAAUAAUCCUACAUCUAAUGCCACUAAUGUUUCGGAAAAUGUACAACAACCAACACAACAAUCAAACAAACAGCCAACACUUACCAAGCAACAAGUUGCUCUUUCUAAAAUUGAACAAAUUCAACAGAAAGCAGAAACUCUGGAAAAGGAGGCACAAGCUUUGAAAGAUAAAAAAGAGGAAUUGGGUGAAAAGAAAUAUGAUUAUGAAAGGAAAAAAGUUGAUGAAUAUUUAACUAGGUGUUUAUUGGAAUUGGACAAUGUAGAUGUUGAUGGAGAAGAAGAAUUAAGAAUGAAGAGAAAGAAUGCUAUUCGUUUUAUUCAAUGUGUACAGAACUUUAUUGAGUCCAGUCUGUAA